GCCCAACCAUGUAAAUGCUCUUAUUUGUACCAAACUCAAUUCAAAACUUGGGUUCAAAGACCUGGUGGGUACCCAACGGUAACAGGAAAGUCUUAGAUCCGAGCUCAAAAGAGCCGGACCCGGAAAGGACCGAAUCCGGUUAGUGCGGGCAAGGUUACUACGGGACCCGACCCGCUGAUACCCCUGCUGCCACCUUUCAAAACAUAAAAACCAACGGCAAACUUAUUUAAACCUCCUCCCGCCAACAAGUCCAAUGCAUUCUCUCUCCCCGUCAAACGUUCGAAUAAUCCAUCUCAAUUUCCUUUCUCAUUUCCAUCUCAAACCUUGUUUGCAUUCGGAAACCCUUCAAUUUCACACGCGAUAUGAAGAGAAUAUCGCUCCCUUACAACCCUUUUCAUAUCUUCAAUCAAAUGAAGAAGCCCACAAUCACCGGAACUAAAAUAAUCCAUGCCCAAUUAAUCAAAACACCCCCCCUUCAAUCUGAUCUCUUCGUCGCCAACUCGCUCGCUGAUUGCUACUGUAAAUUUGUUGCGAUGGUUGAUGCUCUCAAUGUGUUCGACGAAAUUCCUGAACCAAAUCUUGUCUCCUGGAAUCUUAUGAUAUUUGGCUAUAAUUAGAGAAUGCAAUUUGAUGAGUCGAUGAGGAUGUUCUGUAGAAUGUAUUCUUCUGGUUUUGAGCCCAACCAGAUCACAUACGGGAGCAUUCUUUCAGCUUGUGCUGCCUCUCAAGCUCUGCGAUUCGGGGAGCAGGUUUACCAGAUGAUUGAUUUAUUUGCAAAGACUUGCUGUUUUGAAGAUGCUCUGAAGGUAUUUUCAGAGGUUUCUUCUGAAAAUGUGGUCUGUUGGAAUGCCAUCAUUGCUGGGGGUGUUAGAAAUAAGGAGAACUGGAUUUCUCUAGAUCUUUUCCAUAGGAUGGUAUGUGGGUCUUUGACUCGGAAUGGUUUUACCUUUUCAAGCAUUUUAACAACUUGUGCAUCAGUUGGAGAAUUAGAUAUGGGUAGAGGGAUACAUGGGUGGGUGAUUAAAUGUGGCGCAGAAGACGACAUAUUUGUAGGAACUACUAUCAUUGAUAGGUAUGUGAAAUGUGGUGAUGUCAAUGAAGCAGUGAAGGAGUUUUCAUGGAUGCCAAGUCGCAAUCAUGUUUCUUGGACUGCCAUCAUUUCUGGUUUUGUACAAGUUGCGAAUACUUUUAGCGCCCUAAAUUUUUUCAAAGAAAUGAAAGCAACUGGGGUAGAGAUCAACAAUUACACUAUUACAAGUGUACUCACUGCUUGUACUAAACCAGAGUUGGCAAAGGAGGCCAUGCAAAUCCAUGGCUUGAUUUUAAAAUCUGGGUUUUCUAUGGAUUCCUCAGUGAAAGAUGCUUUAAUAAUUAUGUAUGCUAACAUUGGGGAUAUUGGCAUGUCCAAGAAGGUGUUUGAAGAAAUGGGCUCUAUGGAGAAUGUGGGUACUUGGGCAGCUAUGAUAUCUGCUUUUGCAAAGAAUGUAAGUUCGAGAAGGUCAGUUGAAUUGUUCCGGAGGAUGUUUCGUGAGGGCCUGAGACCCAAUAGGUUUUGCAGUUCUAGCGUUUUGAGUAUUGUAAGCUGUGUAAAUUUGGGGAAGCAGAUCCACUCAUAUGUUGUUAAAGCUGGUUUGGAUCUUGAUGUUUCUGUGGGCAGUGCUCUUUUCACCAUGUACUCUAAAUGUGGUAGUUUAGAAGAUGGUUAUGAUGUGUUUAAACAGAUGCCUAAAAAGGAUGGAGUUUCAUGGACAUCGAUGAUAGCCGGUUUUGCUGAACAUGGCCUUGUCGACCAGGCAUUUUACUUAUUCAGAGAAAUGUUACUCGAGGAAGUAAGACCUGAUCAGAUGACUUUACCCGCCGUUCUCACAGCAUGUUCGGUUUGUCAAUCCUUACGGAAAGGGAAGGAGAUUCAUGGUUAUACUCUUUGUGUUGGUUUUGGAACAGAGACUCUUGUUGGCGGUGCUCUGGUAAAUAUGUAUUCAAAAUGCAAAGUUCUAGUCUCCGCAAGAAGAAUCUUUGAUGCAAUGCCUCAAAAGGAUCAGAUCUCAUGGUCUUCCUUGGUUUCUGGCUAUGCCCAAAACAGGCAUAGUGAAGAGGCACUCUUGCAGUUCCAUCAGAUGCUGAUUGCUGGUAUGAAAAUCGACUGCUUCACAAUUUCAUCUAUUCUUGGUGUGUCUGCAACUUUAACAAAACCAGGCUUGGGCAAGCAGUUACAUGCUCAUACUGUGAAAACAGGCUUAGAUUUGGACCUUUCAGUGAGCAGUUCGUUAAUCACAUUGUACUCAAAAUGUGGGAGCAUUGAUGAUUCUCUUAAAGUAUUUGAUCAGAUAGAUAACCCAGACCUGGUCGCAUGGACAGCAAUGAUCGACGGCUACGCUCAACAUGGUCAAGGCGUAGAGGCUUUAAAAAUAUAUGAGAUGAUGAGAGAAGAAGGCAUGGAACCUGAUUCAGUGAGUUUUGUUGGUGUUUUAUCAGCUUGUAGCCAUAAUGGUUUGGUAGAAGAAGGAUAUUUCCAUCUUAAUUCUAUGGCAACAGAUUAUGGGAUCAAACCAGAAGAACGUCAUUAUGCAUGUAUGGUGGAUCUACUUAGCCGAGCCGGGAGACUAAGAGAGGCUGAAAGGUUCAUUGAGACAAUGCCCAUAAAACCUGAUGCUCUGAUGUGGGGGACCCUGCUUGGUGCAUGUAGAAUAUAUGGUGAUGUUGAGCUUAGAAGGUCAGCAACCAAAAAGGUUCUUGAGAUGGAGCCUUGCGACUCUGGAGCUUAUGUCUUACUGUCCAACAUCUGUGCAGAUGCAGGAGACUGGGAAGAGGUUUCGAAGAUCAGAAACUUGAUGAAGGGUGUUGGUGUAAAGGAACCGGGGUGGAGUUUUGUAUGAAAACAUAAGGGUAUAUUUGGGCAUUCAUGGUUCCGAAGGCCAAUAGGAAGCUCUUCUUCCUAA